AAAGUCUCGCUGUGAGAAGUCUGGUAGUUGCUCAUCGGCAGUCAUACGGAUUGUUUGGAGUAUACUGCACUGUAGAAAGAGAGAUUGAUAUUAGAUUAUUUAAAUAGAACUUUUUUUAAUGGUUCAGUACAAAUAAAUGUGUAAUUGAUAUACACACGUAUCAGAUGUAUAUGUAUAUAAAAUGCAUACAUUGUGUUACAUCUUUUAGAAUUCGAAAUGCUUUUGUCUUCAAAGACAACUAUGAAUCAAAGUGAAAGUUAGGUUAGAUUAAGUUCUUCAAGACUUUACUUGUCGUUUCAUGAACAUAAUUAAGUGAGUGUAUUAAUAGCUGUGUAACGAGUUUUAAAGUUUUUAUUUCAAGGAAAAAACUUUUACUACGUGUACCGCACAUUGUCAUAUAUACUUAUAUAUGACACGACCUUGUCAAAGAAGAUACUUGGAGAGGAAUUAUAGCUGAACAAAAUAUAAUUUGAUUGGAACGCUCUGUAAAUGUGUUACAUCGAUUGCGAUGAUCCAAUCGCGAGUAUACCAAAAUCGUCAAUGACAAUGAUAUGUCCAAAUUGUCGCCAUCGUUUCCCAAUAUCGGAUUAUUGUCGGGAACGGAGCGAAGAAAUUAGUUGGGAAGAAACUGAGAAACUGAAAGAGAAGAAAAAGGUGGAAAAAGAGGAAAAGACCGCCGUCCAUUCGACGAUAGCGACCUGUUACAUCGCCGAUUUUCUAGUGUCGCACGGUUACACCAACGGCGACAGCAGCUUCAUAAACGUGCCGACAAUCGUCCACGAACCUGUCGUCUACAGCCAAUCAGCCUAUCGCUGCUCCAAUGUUCAAUUUGCCAACUCCGAGACAAUGAAGUUUUCUUGUGAUGCUCAGACAUCGGCGGAACAGAAUCCAUCCUUAAGAUUGCCGAUCAAUCAAUUGACAACAAACAAUCACCCCCAUAUAAAUUCCCUAAUUAUGACGAUGAAAAAUAUCGGCUAUGGAAUGACUUCUUCGAAAAAUCAUAUCACGACCACCUGUAAGCCUAUCAACGAUAGCAUCAUAUUCACUACAUCACCCAACAUACACUCUGGUGGUUGUCUAAUUCAAAGCACGGAAGCUGGAACUUUAGUGCAAGUCCCACCCAUCGAAAUACAACGAAAGCUCACCGGUGGUGGUUGUCUCGUGCAGAAGAAACAUUUGCCCAUUGAGGACGAGCGGUUAACAAUGUUUAGAAACAUGGAGAACUUCGCUCAUCAAACAUUUGUCGUGCCGCCAAGCGGCUGUUUAGAAUUGCCUGGGAAUAGAAAAAUACUGCCUACGUUCAAGAUGACAAGAGAAAAUAGCGAAACAAUGGGCACGGAAUCGAGGCAGCGAAAAAUAUCGAUUGAAACAAAUGAUUGCUGCCUCUGUAACGGUAUAGUUCAGCAGAAUCUUUGUCAGUGUCACGGCAAGUUGACUAACGCGUUUGACGAUCGCGAUUCGUUGCUAUUUGAGCCUGUUGGCCUGAAUAGCAUGCAGAUUCGAGUGAACGCCAACAUGCAGCUACCCGUGAACAUGAGUGACUGCCGAAUAAACAUUACGACAACAACGGCAAUACCAUGUAGUCAGAUCGUGACGAUGAAAUCGCAUGCUAGAAAUAAGGAAGAAGACAUUAAUUGGGAGAAAAAAGAGCAAGAAAAACAGAAGAAAAGGGAGAAAGAGGCAACCAUCCAUUCGACGACGGCAACAUGUUACGUUGCUGAUCUUCUAGUAUCGCGCAAUUACACUAAUGACAACAGCAGUUUCAUAAAGGUGCCGACAAUCGUCCGCGAACCCAUCCCCAUCUCCCAGUCAGCCCAUCGCUUCGAUGCUCAAUUCGCCGACUCCGAGAUAAUGGAACUCUCGAAUAACUUCGACAAAGAUGUUAUUAAACAAUCGGACAAUUUAUACUGCGCGACGGAAGAUCGAAUUAUUGCGACUAGAAACAGCAACAGUUGUAACAACAAUGAGCGGAAGAACGGAGCAUCGACCAUUUCGGUGUCUCAUCCUUGGGGGAUAUCGAGUCCCUGGAGCCUGGAUACAAAAUUGCUAAACAAAGACAUAAGAUUACGCGAGAUAAAAAGACUAUUGCAGACUUGUGGCUGGUAUCACGAGAACAUUAGUUGGAAACAAAGUGAAAAUCUCUUGAGAAAUGCAUCUAUAGGUCGAUGGCUAAUGAGAGACAGCUCGGACAGUAGAUAUAUCUUUGCGAUAUCUGUGCAAACAGCCAGAGGACCUACUUCUGUCAGAAUGUGCUAUUUCCUGAAACAUUUCCAAUUCGACGCUGAACCAGGACUGGCGUUGGCGAUUCCGACUUUCGAAUGUCCUAUUACAAUGUUGGAGCACUAUGUUGAAUAUUCGAAAAAGAUGGAUCGCAAAGAGGUGUGGGUUGAUUAUAGCGGACAAUUAUACAGCCAGAUCUAUUUAACCAAACCUCUGAUCAAAGAAGUCAAAUCGUUAUCACAUUUGGCCAGACUUGUCGUGAAUAGAAACAAACUGCCCACCGAACAUCUGCCUCUCUUGAUUAGGGACUACCUCGCGGAAUACCCAUACACCCUUUAAAUGUGUAAUCACGUAUCGUCAAUUACGUAAAAUCAAUGCGCCUACCUUUUUCUUCCAAUAUCUAAUAAAAAUUUAUUUUUCUACAUCUCUACAACAAUUUGUUCUUCGAUAAAUGAUCUACGAUAUUUUUUACUGCAUCGACAAAGUUUGCGUAAUAGCGAAAAUAAUUACAGUUUGCGCGAAUGUAAAUGAAUACUCAAUUUGUUAUAUAAUAAUUACUCAUGUUCUUAUAUUCUA